CCCGCGCCUCAGGACCGGCGGGGCUGCGCGGCGCAUCCUGCGGGCGGCGGCGGCGGGCGCGGCGCCGGCAGCCGGGCGCAAGAUGAUGAAGUUUCGGUUCCGGCGGCAAGGCGCCGACCCGCAGCGCGAAAAACUGAAGCAGGAGCUUUUCGCCUUCAACAAGACUGUGGAGCAUGGCUUCCCCAAUCAGCCCAGUGCCCUGGCCUUCGACCCUGAACUUCGCAUCAUGGCAAUUGGCACCAGGUCUGGAGCUGUCAAAAUCUAUGGUGCACCUGGUGUGGAAUUUACGGGCCUGCACCGGGAUGCAGCCACUGUCACUCAGAUGCACUUCCUGCCUGGUCAGGGCCGUCUUCUAACUCUGCUAGAUGACAGCAGUCUGCAUCUCUGGGAAAUCGUCCACCAUAAUGGCUGUGCCCACCUAGAGGAAGCACUCAGUUUCCAGCUGCCUAGCCGGCCUGGCUUUGAUGGUGCCAGCACCUCGUCCAGCCUCACCCGUGUCACAGUGGUUCUGCUGCUGGCUGCUGGCGACAUAGCAGCUCUAGGCACUGAGGGCGGUAGCAUCUACUUCCUGGAUGUUACCACCUUGGCGCUGCUUGAGAGACAGACCCUCAGUCCAGAUGAGAUUUUGCGCAGUGUACCAGAUGACUACCGCUGCGGAAAGGCUCUGGGUCCUGUGGAGUCACUCCAGGGACACCUCCGGGACCCCACCAAGAUUCUUAUUGGCUACAGCCGGGGCCUGUUGGUCAUCUGGAACCAGGCUGCACAGUGUGUUGACCAUGUCUUCCUGGGAAACCAGCAGUUGGAAAGUCUUUGUUGGGGGCGCAACAGUGGUACCAUCAUCAGUUCGCACAGUGAUGGCAGCUAUGCCAUCUGGCCCAUGAACACUGGCAGCUCCCCAACGCUACAGCCCUCUGUAGCUACCGUACCCUAUGGACCCUUUCCAUGCAAGGCCAUCAACAAGAUUCUGUGGCGGAACUGUGAAUCGGGGGGCCACUUUAUCAUCUUCAGUGGUGGUAUGCCCCGCGCCAGCUAUGGUGACCGCCACUGUGUGAGUGUGCUUCGAGCUGAGACGCUGGUGACGUUGGACUUCACCUCCCGCAUCAUCGACUUCUUCACAGUGCACAGCACACGGCCUGAGGAUGAAUUCGACGACCCACAGGCUCUGGCUGUGCUGCUAGAAGAGGAACUGGUGGUGCUUGACCUGCAGACACCUGGAUGGCCAUCUGUGCCUGCCCCCUACCUGGCCCCGCUGCACUCAUCUGCCAUUACCUGCUCUGCCCAUGUUGCCAAUGUCCCUGCCAAGCUGUGGGCCCGCAUCGUGAGUGCUGGCGAGCAGCAGAGUCCCCAGCCUAUCUCUAGUGCCUCGAACUGGCCCAUUACUGGGGGUCGGAACCUGGCCCAGGAGCCAUCGCAGCGAGGGCUGCUGCUGACUGGCCAUGAGGAUGGCACCGUGCGGUUCUGGGAUGCAUCUGGUGUGGCGCUGCGGCCACUCUACAAGCUGAGCACAGCUGGCCUCUUCCAGACAGAUUGUGAACAUGCCGACAGCCUGGCCCAGGCUGCUGAGGACGACUGGCCACCCUUCCGCAAGGUGGGCUGCUUUGAUCCCUACAGUGAUGAUCCCCGGCUUGGUGUGCAGAAGGUGGCGCUCUGCAAGUACACAGCUCAGAUGGUGGUGGCUGGCACUGCAGGCCAGGUGCUGGUGCUGGAGCUCAAUGAUGUGCCGACAGAGCAGGCGGUCAGUGUGGCCAGCGUAGACCUCCUCCAGGACCGAGAAGGCUUCACAUGGAAGGGCCAUGAGCGGCUGAGCCCACGUGCAGGGCCACUGCCUUGGCCUGCCGGCUUCCAGCCCCGUGUGCUAGUACAGUGCUUGCCACCUGCUGCUGUCACCGCGGUCACACUCCAUGCUGAAUGGAGCCUUGUGGCCUUUGGCACCAGUCAUGGCUUUGGCCUCUUCGACUACCAGCGCAAGAGUCCAGUACUGGCCAGGUGCACUCUUCACCCCAAUGACUCCCUGGCCAUGGAGGGGCCACUGUCCCGGGUGAAGUCCCUCAAGAAGUCACUGCGCCAGUCUUUCCGGCGUAUCCGCAAGAGCCGUGUCUCAGGCAAGAAGCGUAUUGCUAAUGCCAACAGUAAGUUGCAGGAGGCCAAUGCACAGCUGGCAGAACAGGCCUGUCCCCAUGACAUUGAGAUGACGCCUGUGCAGCGCCGCAUCGAGCCCCGCUCUGCUGAUGAUUCCCUCUCGGGUGUUGUGCGCUGUCUCUACUUUGCUGACACAUUCCUUCGAGAUGCAGCCCACCAUGGGCCCACCAUGUGGGCAGGCACGAACUCCGGCUCCGUGUUUGCCUAUGCACUGGAGGUGCCAGCAGCUGUGGCAGGUGGUGAGAAGAGGCCUGAGCGGGCAGUGGAGGCUGUGCUGGGCAAGGAGGUGCAGCUGAUGCAUCGGGCACCUGUGGUGGCCAUCGCUGUGUUGGAUGGGCGUGGUCGCCCGCUGCCUGAGCCCUAUGAGGCCUCUCGGGACCUGGCGCAGGCACCAGAUAUGCAGGGUGGGCAUGCUGUGCUCAUCGCCUCUGAGGAACAGUUCAAGGUGUUCACAUUGCCUAAGGUGAGUGCCAAGACCAAGUUCAAGCUGACAGCCCAUGAGGGCUGUCGUGUACGCAAGGUGGCCCUGGCCACGUUUGCCAGUGUGGCCUGUGAGGACUAUGCAGAGACCUGCCUGGCCUGCCUCACCAACCUGGGUGAUGUGCACGUGUUUUCGGUGCCUGGUCUGCGGCCCCAGGUGCAUUACUCCUGCAUCCGGAAGGAGGACAUCAGCGGCAUUGCCUCAUGUGUCUUCACACGCCAUGGCCAAGGCUUUUACCUGAUUUCACCUUCAGAAUUUGAACGUUUCUCCCUGAGUGCCCGCAACAUCACAGAGCCUCUUUGCUCUCUGGACAUCAGCUGGCCCCGUGAUGCCACUCGGGCCAGGGUCCAAGAGUCACCCAAGUUGAGUCAGGCUAAUGGGAACCCAAGCAUCAUCCUGGCUCCACAGAGUUGUGACAGAAGCCCUGAUCUUGCCCACAAGGGAGCUGAUACCCCAGAGCCACCUGAGUCCACACUCUCACCCAUGUCCAUCGACUCAGCCACCAGCGCUGACACCACUCUGGACACAACGGGGGAUGUCACGGUGGAGGAUGUGAAGGAUUUUCUGGGCUCUUCUGAGGAAUCGGAAAGGAAUCUGAGGAACCUGACUGAAGAUGAGGCCCACACCUGCACCAUCCUGAUCAAAUGAGGUGCUGCAGGGUAGGGCCCAGGCCCACCUGGUUCUCACCAAUCAGCAGUGUCAACUCCUUGGGAAACCCCCCUCCCCAUCUGGGCUGCACAGGACCUCCACCUGUCCUGGGCUUGCAACUGGGUCCAUGGAAGCGCCUGCCAUGAUGGGGCUCCCUGAAGCCUAGCCACUUCCAUAGAGUGUCCCACCAGUUUAGGAACCUCACACCAACAUUAUCUUCAUAGUUAAAUGCAAGAAAAGGGGGCCAGACUGUCAGCCCUUGGAGAUCAUGGGUAUGUUUGGAACAGAACCAGAUCUAACCACUAGGAGGUGCAGUGGCAGGGAUUUGGGACCUGUUUGGCUAGCCCUUCUCCCAGGAGUGGUUGCCAGGGUCCAAGGGUGGGUCUUGUUGGAUGAACCCAAUACACUGGGCCCAGCUAAAGGUCUUGCCUGUGCCCAGGUUUCAGUGUGGACCCUGCCUAGCUUAAGCCCCUAGAUCUGUGUGACCUAUUUCUUCCCUAGUGCCCCUAUCUACCCUACAGCACUGGGCACAGGCACUGCCUAGUCCCUCUUUGGGCCUGGGGUCACCAGUGCUCCAUCCUGGCUUGAGCAGGUUGCAUGUGGCCAGUACUUGGAUAUCCAGCUAGUGCCUCAGCAAGCCCACCUCAGACUGUCACUAAAGGGUCCUGGACAGGAGGCUAGUAGGGGUACCUAUGUGAUCUGGUCCAACUGCUGUUACCUUGGGCAGGCCAUCUGCCUCCUUUGAGCCUCCAUCUGUUGAUCUUUUUCUCUUCCCCUACCAGAAAGGCCAGCACUAUCCCAGCCAUUGCCUACUCUGCUCUGAGCUGGGGUCCUGGAUCCCUGGCUCCUGCCUGGGCCCUUAAUAUAGACUCUACUUGCUAACCUGUUGCCGCCAAUAGGACUUCUUGUCCUGUCCCUGACAAUGCUGAGCCCUGGAGCUGUCCCAGCUGAGGGUGAAGGCAUUGGACAGCAUGGAAUCUCUGGGCCGAGGGUGUCUGAAUCAUCCUCCAAGCAGUUGGCUGCCCUGGGGCUGCUGACUUGGUGACAAGGACAGAGCAGAUGGGGUGGGGCGGCCAGACCACCUCCCUCUCCAUGUACCGUCCUUCCCCCUCUUUGCAAAGAGUAUUUUUCUAAUGCCUGUGCUGGGCUGGACAGUCAUUUCUAAAACUAUUUUGGUACUUGCUCCGGGACUACCCUGCCCCAGCCUCUGUGUGUGUGUGUGUGUGUGUGUGUGUGAGAGAGAAACUGGCACCCAGAGCUAAGGCCCAGUCAGGGUGUGUCUGUGUGUCUGUGUGUGUGUGCGUGCUUGGUCGCUGUCAGGAUGGGCUUCCCUGUAGAUUGUUCCUUGGUUUUUUUUUUUUUUUUUUGGUCAU